AUGCUAGUCACUAGUUUCAUUCCUAGUAAAAUUAGAAGUCAAUUUUAGAAAUUAGAGAGGAUGCUGUAUUGGUAAAAGUUAGGAAAUAAACAAAACUUCGCUAUUUUUUGUUCUAUCAUUCAUUACUUCUUGAAUAAGAAAAAAUUUCAACCACUAUAAAAAUUUUUGAACACCAAUGGAAAAAGUUUGACUGAAGAUUCUCAAUAAUUACGAUAAUUAAUACUCCAAAGUUUUGAAGAUUAAAAUCCAAUAUAACAAUUUUUUAGGAAUUUAUCAAAACAAUAGAAUUAUAAUGAAAAGAUUGAGAAGCUAUUAGAUGAACUGUGUAGAAUACAUUUCCUAAUGAAAAACUAGAAGCCGUCUUUGGAUAGCAUAGGAUUAUUUUUAUAAAUUGAAAUUACACUCUUGCAUAGCAAUAAUGAAAAAUAUGGAAGGGGAGUUUAAUAAAUUUUACUCUUAAAAAACGAUAAUGAAUUCUAUUUCCUUAUCCCUCCUUGUGAAUUUAAAUAAUUGCCUAAAUACCCAUGUUCAAAGUGUAAUAUUUAAAUUUAGUAUUAUAUUAAAUUGACUUGCAAACAUUACAUUUGCUUAACAUGUAUCUAAACUUAGAAGUAGAACUCAAAAGACAAUUUUUUCAAAUGCGAGUGCGAACAAAUAAUUUUGAAAAACGAGUUUUUGGAAGAUGCCAUAAAAGAAACUCAAGAUAGUUAAAUACUGAAUGACUAUCAUUUAUGCACACGACAAUUUUAUGAAAUGGACACAAAAGGAGAUCAGAGUAAAAAGGAAUCCAAAUAUGAAGAUGCAAAGUAUCUGAAAUAAUAGCAAAUCUAUGAUCAUCCCCAUGAAAUCAGGAGAUACGAUUCAAAAACCAUGGAUAAUUCAAAUCGAUAUAAGAGACAAAAUCAAGAACGAAUUCAACAAAAUCAUGAUAAUAUGUAUGGCUAUCCUUUCCCUAGAUAACAAAUUUUUGAUUUAGACCCUAAUGAUUAUUAUGCUGGGAUUAUGCUUAGAUAAUCAUAUUAUGGCUUAAAUUAUCAACCAUGGGAAAAUAGGACUUACUAGCCACAAACAAUUUAAGGUAAAGAUCAUUUCCAAGAGGGAAACUCACAUCCAUUCGAACUGAUGAGUAAGAUGGAAGAAAUACGAUCAUAAUAAUUCUGUGAAUAAAGUUAAAAAUUCCCAAACUAGCUAUGUUCAUAUUGUUUGUCUCCUUUUGAUGAGUUCAAUGUGAUGUAAGACAUAGGUUGUUCUAAACAUGUAAUUGGAGUUUGUUGUAUUAAUAGAAAUUAUGAGAAAUGUCCAUAGUGUGAAAAAGUUAAAGAAUUGCAGAAUCACAAGACUAGAAAUAUGAAAUUUAAACCUGAAAAAGUCAAUAUUCACAAUUAGCCCACUAUUUAUUUUGGAAGUUAAAUUCAAUACAAAAAACAAACAAAGUCAACAAUAAUGGUACCCUCCUCAAACAGAUUAGAACCAACAAUGAAUUCAGUUUAUGGAAAUUCAAUUUAAGAAAAUCAAAUUCAGAUGCAAUCUUAUCAAAAGUUUCAUUAGCCGUACGAAUAUCAAUAUCGUUGA